GCCUAUCUUAGCACAUCCCUAACGUUUUUCCAAUAAGAUUUGGCGUGAACAUUUUUAUCAAUAUUAAUACGCGAAACUAAUUUAAAGCCAAUAAAAAAUAAUCAGCAAUGCAACGGAAAAUGCUGGACACUGUGAUUUUGUGAAACAAUUCGAAUUCGUCGAAGAACUAAGGAAAUUCCUUGGGAAAACCAAUCAAUUUAAAACGCUGUGCAAACAGGACCAGGAUCACCAGCCAGCCGCCCAACAGCACAACCACAGCCGAGUGGUCCACCGCUGCUCCCCACAGAAACACACGGACAUCGCACGGAGGACCGAGAAGCGGCAGGAUCAGGAUCAGGGUCUAAGCGGCAGUAGGAUCAGGUGCAGGUGGAUAAGACAGGACCCAGUUUUACGACCAUGUUCACGGGCAAGCUGCAAAUCAAGGUGUGCGAGGCGAGCGGCCUGCGACCCACAGACUUCCAAAAGCGCCACAAUCUCACCUUCGGCAAGCUCACCGACGAGCAGCUCAUCGAUCCCUAUGUCUCCAUAGACGUCGAUGAGAGCCACUUUGAUCGAGCCACCACACGGCCAAAGACAUUCGAUCCUGUUUGGAACGAACAGUUUGUCCACGAUGUGACCAAUGUGAGCAACAUCAACUUGACCGUCUUUCAUGAUGCUGCUCUGCCGCCAGAUGACUUUGUGGCCAACUGCAUCAUCUCCUUUGAGGACCUCAUGCAGAGCGAGACGGCUGUGCAGGAUUUAUGGGUCAAUUUGGAGCCGCAGGGCAAGAUUCACGUCAUAAUUGAGCUGAAAAAUCGCACUGAUAAAGCCAAAGCCGAGGCGGUGGUGGAGCACACUGUGGCCGUCAACAAGGAGUUCAAAGAGCGCGCUGGCUUCAACCGUCGUCGCGGUGCCAUGCGUCGUCGUGUCCACCAAGUGAAUGGGCACAAGUUCAUGGCAACGUUUUUGCGUCAACCCACCUUCUGUUCGCAUUGCCGCGAGUUUAUCUGGGGAAUUGGUAAACAAGGCUAUCAAUGUCAAGUCUGCACGUUAGUUGUACAUAAAAAGUGUCAUCUGUCCGUGGUGUCCAAGUGUCCGGGCAUGCGAGAUGAGCAGCAGACCAAGGUGGAGGUGGUGCCGGCGGGCCAGCGCUUCAAUGUGAAUGUGCCGCACCGCUUUGUGGUGCACAGCUACAAGCGGUUCACCUUCUGCGACCACUGCGGAUCCCUGCUGUACGGGCUGAUCAAGCAGGGACUGCAGUGCGAGACCUGCGGGAUGAAUGUGCACAAGCGGUGCCAGAAGAACGUGGCCAAUACGUGCGGCAUCAACACGAAGCAGAUGGCCGAGAUACUCAGUUCGCUGGGAAUUUCGCCGGACAAGCAGCAGCCGCGUCGCUCCAAGUACUUGAACCAGCAGGGCGGCGAGGACAACUACGGGGCAUCCUUGGGCGGCGACGGGGACGGUGCACCCGGCCAGUCCUUCCGCAGUGGCACCCUAUCGGCGGACAGCCUGGCCACAUCCACCACGACGCUGACCAGUGGCUACAACAGCAGCAGCUGCAUGAGCCUGGCGGUGGCCACCGGGGAGACUCGGCCAGGGAAGUGCUCCUUGCUGGACUUCAAUUUCAUCAAGGUGCUGGGCAAGGGCUCGUUCGGCAAGGUGAUGCUGGCCGAGAAGAAGGGCACCGACGAGAUCUACGCCAUCAAGGUGCUCAAGAAGGACGCGAUCAUCCAGGACGACGACGUCGACUGCACCAUGACCGAGAAGCGCAUCCUGGCGCUGGCCGCCAACCAUCCCUUCCUGACUGCGUUACAUUCCUGUUUCCAGACCCCGGACCGCCUGUUCUUCGUGAUGGAGUACGUGAAUGGCGGCGAUCUGAUGUUCCAGAUUCAGAAGGCGCGUCGAUUCGAGGCCUCACGGGCCGCCUUCUAUGCGGCGGAGGUGACACUGGCGCUGCAGUUCCUCCACACCCACGGCGUUAUCUACCGCGACCUGAAGCUGGACAACAUCCUGCUCGACCAGGAGGGCCACUGCAAGCUGGCCGACUUCGGCAUGUGCAAGGAGGGCAUUAUGAACGGCAUGCUAACCACCACCUUCUGCGGCACGCCCGACUACAUCGCCCCGGAGAUCCUCAAGGAGCAGGAGUACGGCGCCUCCGUCGACUGGUGGGCGCUGGGCGUGCUCAUGUACGAGAUGAUGGCCGGUCAGCCGCCGUUCGAGGCGGAUAACGAGGACGAGCUCUUCGACUCCAUCAUGCACGACGACGUCCUCUAUCCGGUUUGGCUUUCCCGCGAGGCCGUCUCCAUACUAAAGGGUUUUCUAACCAAGAAUCCGGAGCAACGACUGGGUUGCACUGGGGACGAGAACGAGAUACGCAAGCAUCCAUUUUUCAACAAGCUGGACUGGAAGGAGCUGGAGAAGCGCAACAUAAAGCCACCAUUCCGACCGAAAAUGAAAAAUCCACGCGAUGCCAACAACUUCGAUGCGGAGUUUACCAAAGAGGAUCCUGUACUCACACCGAUUGGAAACGACGUUGUGCGCUGCAUCAACCAGGACGAGUUCGCCGGAUUCUCGUUUGUGAAUCCCAAGUUCGGACCGGAACGCAAAGUCUACUAAGGCCCAACGAUCGCAGUUCAUGUUCAAAACCCAGAUUGAUUGGUCGCGAUGCGAUCUGGAGCCCCGAUGAGAUUGGGAAUCCCGGUCGGCGAAGGUGGCCAACCAGAUCGCCAUCGAUCCGAGCUGUCAUCCAGCGUGUAGCGCAUCCCCUAGCACAAGCAGUCUAAUAUUUUUAUUUAUAGUAACUCCCCAUUGUUGUCUGUUUCCACCCGCAGUCGUGGUCCCCGUUUCGUUCCCGGUCCUGCGUGUAGAUCACUCAUCCACAUCCAAGUACCAGUGCCAAUUGUCGAAACUGCUAAGCUUUCAACUUGAAUGAAAGGCGCACAAGGACGCGAAUUCUUUAGCUCAUGUCACCCAAACUUCCCUAAGCCCAAAACCCUUAACCGCUUCAAGCCCCACACCUGUUGGAAUUUAUUUAUGUUGUUUGCCAAGCCCCAAAAAACAAAAAACAGAAUACCCCAACCCCAUCUAGUCAAUGCCCAGUGGCUGAGUGCAUUUUGUUAUUAGUUAUUUAUUGAUUGUUUGACGUGCCGAAUCUCAUGUUUCGCACUCACAGACCGACAGCAUCCAAGCAGAGCUCUAUUUAUGGGAGGCGAGGCACUUGCUCCAAGCGAAUCUCAAGGGAACUUCUAACACAAUAGCCGCAAUGUGCCGUCUGUACUACACACACAAUACAUAUACCAUUAAUUUGGACACACAAAUCUAAUUUCAAUUUGUUUUAUGUAUUCAAAAUCUUGCACAACUUCCUUCUCAAGUAUUAAAGCGAUAUUAUUUUAAAAUUACCUUAUUGUUAUACAUAAAUAUUUAUAGAAAUGAAAAACAAAAACAAAAUGAAGCCAAAAAACACCUAAUACAAACGCAUACAAUUUACCAACAAAGAGAAAGUAAAGCUAACUAAUCAUAGAGAUAAAGCUAAAACCCACAAAGAGAAUGUCUAUAAAAUUCAUAUUAAUUUAUGCUAAACAAAUUAUGAAUACAAACAACAAAACGUGUUUAGUCUGUAAGAGAAAAAGAGGAGAACAAACAAAGUAUAUAUAUAUAUAUAUAUAUAUAUAUAUCAAUAUAUAUAUAUGAACCAUAUAAAUUGUGAAACUAAAGGCAUAUAUAAUACACACAAAAGAAAAACCCACAAACAAACACUUAGCGUAAUGAGGAAAAACCGAACAAAAAAUAAAAUGGAAAUUAUGUGGCAUAAGAAGAUAGGAGACAAACCAAUAUUAAUAUUUAUGUGUUGAUUUUAAAGCCAAAGACUCAAAGCUAAGUUCUAUUCGAAACUGCAUUCAAAUUUAUGAAUAAUGCAUGGAAAUUUGAUCGGUAUCCUUUAAAUGUUAUUACCAUUUUUAUUUACUCCAUAGCGAAUUUUGUGCGGCUAAAUUUGUUUCUGUUUCGAUUUCAGUCUACCACGGCAACAGAAAUUAUGCUAAAAGAAAUCAUUAAUGAAUAUAUAAUAAUAAUUAUAAAGAUGGAAUAGCAAAGGAAGGAUAACAGAAGAUUUAUUAACUAUAAGCAGCGUUGUUAACUAAAAAUCUUAAGGCAAAGGCAAGCAUAAACACACAUUUGUAUGUAAUAAUAAACGCCCAGUGUCUAAUAAUAUUUGUGAAAUAGCAAGCCCAGCGUAAGCGCUAGUUACCCAUUUACAAUUUAAAUGUUAACCCAAAGUAUUUUCAAGAACGCAUUUUACCAAAAAAAAAUAAAAAAAAAAACAAGCAAAAGUAACAAAAAACACGAAGAAUUGAAGGAGGAAGGAGUAUAGGCAAAAUGUUAAAAGCUAUGAAUAAUUUUUUAAGCAAUGCGCCUAAGGGCCGUUGCAAGGAUAGAGGCGCGUUUUCAAUUAAAACUAAAUGAGGAAAAAGAAAAUUAAGAAUAAAACAAGCAAAGUAAAGCAAAACUCCAGCCAACAAGAUGAACUCAUAUGAACAUAGAACCUUAACCAGGGAUCAGGAAUAGGUCAAGGAAAUAGCUUAAAUUCGCUGGUUGUUGUUAAGCAGAGGACAGACAAAAGGGUAAAUUUAAUAGGAGAGAAACAGAAAAGGGAAAAGAACAAAUCGCGUGACCGUAACCUGAGAACAAAACGUAAACUUAUAGGAAAAUGUGCAACCAAAAAUGUUAGCUGUAAGCUCUCACCAAAUAUGCAAAGCUGAACGCUCCCCCCCAAAAUGCCCGCUGUUGUCUCCAUCUACUUACUAAAAACCCGAAUCUUAUAGUGAAUAAAUCAUGGCUUGCCAAAAGGGGUCCUUGAACCAAACUCUGAAUGUACUCACUCGAUCAGCUUAGCUAACUUUUUCUGGAGCCGCGCAGCUCAAGCAACUCAAAUACACACACCCACUUACAUAUGUGCAACUUUUUCAUGUACCUUUCGCAUCUUAGAUACUUAAAUGGAUUAUUAACGGAAGCCCCAAAACAAAUUGUUAACUGAUCUAAGGCAAAACUACACAAACUACUAAGAAAAUAUACUGAAUUAUUUAUGGAACGGCGUACAAAACUAAAGCGCAACAAAGAGAGAGGAGGGUUAGAAAUUGGCCUAAUCAUUGCAAGAGUAAAAAUCUUAAACAGAAAGUAUUCAGAAAAGCACACACAAAAAGCAAAAGAAAAACCAAACUAAAACUGAGAAAAAAAAACGGCAUAAAUAAAGUUUAAGUUAUGUUUAAACAAGAGAUAAAUAACUGUAACGGUAAAGUCGAAAGUCAACAGUUGAUAUGUUGUAAAAAAGCUAUUAAAUAAAAGAAAAAAGCCCAAAAAAAAAAAAAGAUUACCAAGGCAGGCAAGUGAGCGUAAUUGAAUGUUAAAGAAGCUACUAAAUAGAGGUGUGAGCAGAUGUGUGCAAAGAUAACCAAAGAAAGCAAAAUUGAAAACAAGAAAAAUUGAUUUAUAACAUUAAGUGAAAACUAAUUAAUAAAUAAAGAGGUAACACCUAUGAAAAAUGUAA